GUCACAGGGCCAACACACCGGGACAGACAACCAUUCGCACUCACAUUCACUCCUAUGGUCAAUGUAGAUUAAUCAAUUAACCUAUCCCCACAAACAAAUCAUUCAUAGUUUAUUCUAGAGGAUGUUUAAUGUUAACGCCAGUUAAAAGUUGUUAUGGUGCCACACACCACAUGCUGGCGCUGCAGCGCCCCCUGUCUGUCUGUGAUGGGUUACCAUGCGGAUGCUAACUUGCUAGCGUCAGCUGCACUCUGUAAUCCAGCCGCGUCCUGUGUGCUGGAUGGAUCUGGCCGUACGGUCGACCUCGGCAUGUUGCUAAAUGAGUGCAGACGAAGUGGAAUUCAAACAUUACUUUUGUGCAUGCACUGAUGGCGUGCUCGCCGCACACACCUGGACCUCCCUCCCGCUGCAGCCGGCUGAUCCUUCUUGCACUGCAGAAAUUACUGUGAUUCAGUUUUAAUAAAACAAAUAACAAGUGGAGCUGUGGCGCUGAAAAGAACCUCGUGUGAAACGAAUCAGAGGACAUUGUUUCACAGGAAGCAGCCCUGCACCUUCAGAUCUGUUCUGCUGUUACUGUAAACAGGAAUCUGCGCUUUAAUUGACCCGAUUGAUUAAAUUCAGGUUAGGACAAAAACAGCGACAGACAGACAGACAGACGCCCCCUCAGUACCGCCACUUCAGGAGAAAGCCCACAAAGCUAAUUAAUUGGGGCCGACCGGCUGAUUUGCAUGUUUUGUAAGCACUAAUUAAGAUAUGCAAAAUAUCCAGAUGAACGCUGCAGCCUAAAUAUAUUUUAGGCAGCUCGGCGGCACAGAGGUACGGACGGCAAAACAGACGGAGGCCGCGUCCUGCGGCGGGGCAUUAAUCCGAGAGUCGCUACGCCACAGCAGCAGGAAGUGCAGCGUGUAGGGGAAUUCAUCCCGGUGACACUUUUAUAUUAACAGAGCAGGGACGGCCGAACGUGUCGUGGAAGGGUUAGGGUUAGUGCACACGGGCAGGUGUAGAGCCCUCGUAGGUGUGCACGAGUCAGUGUCAGAAACUGAGUUUGAGACCAAAGAGUCUGAGGAGGCUCCGGUCCAACAAGCUCAAGCUCAUUCGUGCAGAUGACCUGGGCGACGGUUUAUUUAGACACCAGGAGACCUGGGACGCUGCAUGCAGAGGAGCAGUGUGCUUUAUUAUCAUACACGUCACUCAGACAGCACAGCCGGCCUUCUGAAGGUCUUUCAAAGAUUUUCUUUGGUCUUGGGCUGCUUUUUCCCUCCGGUCUUUGUACCUGAUCACCUUCACUUAGCUCUGCAAUUUGAGUCAUUCAGGCAUGAAAAGGAUGAAUCGGUGUUGUGUCUACACAACAGAAGAAUUGUAUCUUUAGGCACUUUGUUAGCCGCAGCCUGUCACAGAAACACAUCAUUUGUUCUCAUUUCUUUACUUCAAUCUGUGACAAAUACCAAAGAUAAUACAGUUUGACAUAAAAUAGUGUUUUUGCACCAACAGGCUGAUUCCUGAAGAGCUGUUAGCUGAAAUGUUGGCAUAUUUCAGUGUCCUUAAAAGUUUAAGGAAAUCGGAGGACAAAAGCAGUGUCUGAAGAAGGUCGGCUGUCAAGAAGCCAUUCGUAGGGAAGGGAAACAGGAAGAAAAGGCUGAGGGAUGAAAGUUACAGAAGGACAGAUAGUCGGAGGAAACGGGGCUGAUGGAGCAUCUGUGUGAGUCAUCUGGGAAACACGGUGGAGGCUCCGUCAGGAUUUGAGGCUUUAUUUCAGUCGGUGGUGUCGGAGCUCUUUUUACAAUGUCUGGAAUUAACACAGAGAAAAGUAGCAUCGCACCAGAACCUUCUGGAAGGCAUCGACUGACAGCAGCUCCCUUUUUCCUGGAAAGCGUGGAGAACUGUUCCCGAAGAUGAUUUCAGGAAAUGAUAAGGAAGCUUGUACCCCGCGGGAGAUUACCCAGAGUGCUGCUGGCCUGAGCUUCCAGAAGAUAAAGAGGAAGAGGAGAGAGAGGAGAACGGACAGAGUUCGGAGGAGGAGGUGGAGCCUCAGGAAGAGCCCCUCCCCCUCCAGUGAAGCCCCUCCCUUUAGAGGAAGUGCACUUGAACGCCGCUGCUGUCUGUGAUGCCCUCCCAUGACGCCGAGGUCGGUAGCUGACACUGCCAGUGAGCGGGAGACGCCACUGCACAACCGGUCCUGGGCCAGCGCCGUCAGCCGGUUCUCGCCCUCCCUCUCACACACUGGAGACUCCACAUCCAACCGCCUACCACUUUCCACAACCACCUGCUCCGUUCCGCCCCAGUAAAGACCCCCCAACGCAGACACGCUGACGUCCUCGACCAGCACCAGCAGCAGCAGCAGCAGCCAAAAACAAUAUCGUCAACACAAUCAGCAACACCAGCACCACCAUCAUCACCAGCAGUAGCAGCAGCAGCAGCCGCAAUCAUGUCCAGUCGUAGGAAGUCCUCCACCCCCUGCAUGGUCCGGGUCAUCAGCGACCUGCCUGAUGAACAAGAUGACCCGGAGGAGGUGAUGGACAUGGAAAUAUUGGCAAGCAAAGAUGUGAGAGAAAAUGAACCACCUGAAUCUGCGAAAAAGAGUCAAAACCUCAUGAAGGAUAAUGGAGAUAAUCCAGACCGGAAGGCAUUUCCAAAACACUUAGACAAAGAGCAGCAGUCUGGAUGUGAAGAUCACCCCCCUGUCAUCGAAGAUGUAGAAGCCAGAGGGGGGAAGGACAAAGAAGCGCCAGAAUCAGACCCGGUGUCCCAGAAGAAGCAGGGAAGAGGUUACGAGUGCAAAUACUGCCCGUUUUCGACGCAGAACCUGAAUGACUUCAAAGAACACGUGGACUCGAGCCAUCCUAACGUCAUUCUAAAUCCGCUGUACCUCUGUGCUGUCUGCAACUUCAACACCAAGAAGUUUGACUCGCUCACAGAGCACAACGAGAGCCGGCACCCAGGUGAGACGAACUUCAAGUUCAAGAGGAUAAAAAUGAACAAUCAGACUAUCUUAGAGCAGACAAUCGAAGGCAAGGACAAUUCAGCUGAAUGCGACAUGACAAAUGAAAAAGGUGAAAGCCACAGUAGCUCUGUGUUUCCACCUUGCAUAUCUACCACAGUGAAAUCUCCGGGUAGUGUGCACACGCUCUUUGGAGGGAGCGAACUGAAAAGCCAGCUGGACGGUUUGAUCCAGAAGGACCAAAUCACAGCAGUGAACAUCAACGGAACCGUCAUCAUCCCUGAACCCACCAUCGUCCAAGGGCUCUCCCAUGUCACCCCAAUGCUCCAGCGUCCACCCAACUUUAACUCUGUACCAAAAAUAGCCGUUCCCUUGAACACCACCAAAUAUAACCCUUCUUUAGACAACAACCUGACGCUGAUCGCCUCCUUUAAUAAAUUCCCAUACCCAACGCAUGCUGAGCUGUCAUGGCUUACAGCUGCCUCCAAGCACCCGGAGGAACAGAUCAAAGUCUGGUUCACUACCCAGCGGCUGAAGCAAGGUAUCACUUGGUCCCCGGAAGAGGUGGAGGAAGCCAGGAAGAAAAUGUUUAAUGGCUCCAUCCCUCCUGCUCAUCACACGUUCACCGUCUUGCCUACAAGCCCCAUCUCUCAGCCGUCUGCCAAAGCCUCACAGCAGCCCAUCGUCCACACGACAGUCGAGCAUCUUGGUCACGUCCGGACGACUGCGCCCAAUGGGCUAACUGUAGUCACCACAAACUCCCCGGCAGGCUCUAGCCACUCCCUUAAGCGACCCCUGCCGACACAGCUGUCAACAGUGUUUGAGUCCAAGCGACCCAUCAUGGCAGUGGCGCCCCACUCUGGUGACCCUAAAGACAAGGUCCUAAUGGCUCCUCCCCCACCACCUCCUCCCCCAAAAGGCCGCCUCCCAAUGGCUCCACCUCUUGUUCCCGUGGAGAUGAAAAGACCUGUAGCAGUUCCUCUGGUUACCACAGAGAUGAAGAGGUCAUCCGCUGCUGUGCCUUUAAUGCCACCGCCUCCAUCGUUGUCAUCAUCAUCUUUGUCUUCCAAAGGGAAGAUUCUCUCGGCGUCAGGAAAUCCCAAAACAAAGCCGGUGGUGUCUCUGCCCUCCAUAGUCUUUCCAGAGUCGUUAACAAGGCCAAUGAUUGCCCCCCCACCGAUCUCUGUCUCUCCGUUCAGAAACAGUUUACUUAUUCCCCGUACCGUGCCCGUCCCUUCCAAAGAAAAACACCCCAGUUCUCACAAUUUGCCAGCUUCUGAUUUAAAUUUGCCGAACUCCCCUCCGCUCAUUACUUCACAGGUAAGGAGGCCGACAAUUAUCCAGUCCAUCCGUGCUCCGGCUAAAGCUCCAUCCCAGAUUUCAGCGUUCUCCUUGGAUGGCAAGAAAUUAAAAGAGCAGCAAGGAGUGGAGCUGAAAGCCAGCUACCCCAGAGGAGACAAGGUAGUCAGUCCUCUGCCAGAGGCCAAUGGAACGUCUCGAAUGGACGGGAAAUGGCCCUUUGAUCAGACCUCUCCUGGUCACAAUAAUGGAAUCUUACAUUUGGACGGUGGGGACAUCCCAGCAGUACCAAAACCAGAUUUUCAACAUAAGUCCUCGGUGCUGACCCAGUUCCCCUUGCUGGAGAGGAUGAAAGGAAAAACGGCAAAACAACUGAAGAUCUUGGAGGAGAACUUCUUGCGGAACAGCUUUCCUACACACAGCGACGUGGAUAAUCUGUCGGCCAUAACCCGCCUGUCUCAUCAGGAAAUCGACAGCUGGUUUGCAGAGCGCCGCGCGCUUCGUGACAACCUGGAGCAAGCCCUUCUGAACUCCAUGGGCACUAAAAGGAUGGGCGGCAAUGGCAUUGGUGCCAUCACUGAGAAACAGCUACAUCAGCACCAAGCACUGCAACUGAAUGGGAUUCACAAACCAAGCACCGGUGUAGGCCUCCUUAAAAGCCCUCCACCAACUUCACACCCCCUGUCCAUGAUUGCUCCUGGCACCAUUGCACCUUCCGUCCCCAAUCUGAAUUCCUGCUCAGUGCCUCCAGACGGCCGAUCCCUGGCGCUCCUCAAGGACGAUUUUGCUCAAACGCGGUGGCCUUCCCCUGAGGAGUUCAGCCAGCUGGAGGGUCGGACAGGACUGGCUCGCGGAGAACUGGCCCGCUGGUUCACCGAUAGUCGGCUGCAGAGCGGCAGCAUGGACUUGGCAGAACUUUUUCACAACAAUGGCGUGAAUGGAGGACAGGGGCUGCCUAUGUGUUCCCCUGAAAACGUUCCACCCAGCAUCAUCCAGCGGUGUCAGGAAGGAGCCGUAACAAACAACAACAGUAAGGUGCUGGAGGUUGAGAUGGGCUGGCUGAUGGACCAGCGCACCAACAGCCUCAACAAUCAACAGCACGAUGAGCUCCAAGACCAGUUUGCUGGCAGACUGAGGCAGCAGAGCGUGGCGGAGCUGAAGAACGGGGGACAGAACGGGGGCGUCCUCGGAGGAGUGCGGGAGGUGUUCGGGACCUGGCUGGAGGACUCGAGGCGAGGGCGGGAGCUGCUCGUGGACAGAGAGAAGAAGAUGGCGGAGGACGCGUCUGGGAGGCUGACCGGAUAAACGGUGUGAAUAAGAUUCGCCUCCGCCGCCGCCGCUGCUGCUGGAAACAGAAGAGGAGAAAACAUGAAGAAUGGAGCAACAAAAGAAGAGUUUCUCGAUUAUCUAUUUUUUUUUCCCUGUUCUUGUGUUUUCAGAUUUUUUUGGUUUUUGUUUUUAAUCUCUUGAUUGUCGCAUCCCGGCUCACGCACAACAUCCUCCUCCGUCACGCCGUCAGCGACCUGGGGCGACCGCGGUGUAGAUGUGACGCUCGCACACAAAAGCACGAGUUUGAACACGACAGAGCCGCUGCUGCGCUUUGCUGUGGGCUGCACCCAAAUUGAAAUCUGAAGAGCGCGAGGAGAAAUUCAGGGUCACGAUCUGUGAAGAUAAUUGAAACCCCCCCACCCCACACCCACCUUUACAGUGGAUUUCAAACUGCUGCUUUCAGUUUUACAGUAGUAUUAUAACACAACACCGUCGCACAGGCGUCCUGCAGAGUGCCGUAAACAGAGUCGGACCCUUUAAAUGUGUUUUGUCUUCAGGGGGACAAAAUUCAAACAUUCCUUCAAAGAAGUGAAGUGGAUCACUUCCACUCCCCCCGAGAAUAAAUCCACAAACGAGCCGGAAAACAAAGCAAGUUUAAGUGAACCGCAACAACAAACAUGCCUGAAAAAAACAACUCGUGUCCCUUCAAACCAAACCUCAGUAGGAUUCGUUUAUUAAUUCCUCAGCGCACGCUUUGGGUGAAUUAAACGAACAAUUAGUAUUUCACUCGUGCAGCAUAUCAGGAUUUAUUCCAGUCGUUCUUCGUCCUUGUCACAGCCGUCCGCCUGCAUCAUUAUGCAAGUCUUUAUUUUUCCACCUAAGUCGGAGGAAGUCACCAGAAUGUUUUAUUCAGAGUGUUUUCUCUUCUUUUAAAUGAUUGUUAAACGUAUUUAUUGAAUUGCCGAGCUGCAGCUGGAGCCUUUAACUGCCAGUUUUCAGCCUUUACGUUGGCUCAGCGCUGCAUUGUGAGACGAGCGAGUCCUUCAGCGCCACAGAAACUUUCUAUAUUUACUUCCUUUUGUUGUUUUUCCACUGGAGUGUGGAGUUGUCAGCAGCACCGUAUUAAAAGCUGCUUUGGUCGGCGUGAUGGCGCACGAGGCUUUGUUCACGCGCAAGCGGACGAGUUUAUUCAUGUUUUCCAUUUUCCUCAGAUUGGUUGGUGCGUGAGAAACGAUUCUCCGGCUAAAGGAGCGCUGCGCGACUCAGUCUGAGUGCCGAGGAAAUUUGAUGUUAGAAAUUAAGAGAAAACAUUUCUGUUACUCGAGCUCCAACAUACAUGUUAAAUUUAUAACUGUUAGACUUCAGUGGAUCCUUCUCAUUUCACGUUUUCAUUAACAACACCUCUGAAAUAUGUUCCUGAGUUUAACCUUGAGGAACUGUUUUGUCCAAUCAAAUGGCCUGUUACUUCACUUCCUCACGGCUUUAGGUGAAUCACCUCUGUUACAAACUAUAAAGACUUUAGUUUUCAUUGUUGGACUCUACAGCUCCUCCCCUUUAAGGGAAAGUUCUCCUGAUUGGCUGCUCCUUAUAGCGGGAAAUUAGUAAGGUGGGCAGGAUUGUCUCCUUUCUAUGACAUCACACAGAGCCAAGGGUAGAAAAAGCUGUUCAGUGUUAUUCAUAUAGCACCAACCGUCCCCUUGCAAAGUAAAGACCUACAAUACUACAGAGAACCCCAACAAUCAGACGACCCCUGUGAGCAGCACUCUGGCAACAGCGGGAAGGAAAAACUUCCUUUUAACAGGAAGAAACCUCCAGCAGAACCAGGCUCAGGGAGGGGGCGGGGCCAUCUGUAGCGUCACAAACGCCGUAUUUUACGGAGUUAAAGGCGGGACUGACGGACGUGGCCGAGGCGGUGUUGUGUGUGACCCGUGUUGCCGUGGAGACGAACCGGAGCACUGAAUGUGUGCCUGCAGCAGCAGUACAGACCGACAGGGUGGAUUUAAAACAAACAAACAAACAAGAAAAAAAACGAACAAAAACGCCGAGUGCCAAAGCUGGGAUCUGCUGCAUUCUCACUACACUUUCAAAACA